AUGUCUACUGAAUUGACCGUUCAAUCUGAAAGAGCUUUCCAAAAGCAACCUCACAUCUUUAACAACCCAAAGUUAAAGACCUCUAGAAGAACUAAGAGAUGGUAUAAGAACGCUGGUUUGGGCUUCAAGACUCCUAAGACCGCUAUUGAAGGCUCUUACAUUGACAAGAAGUGUCCAUUCACUGGUUUGGUCUCUAUCCGUGGUAAGAUUUUGACUGGUGUCGUUGUUUCCACCAAGAUGCACCGUACCAUCGUCAUCAGAAGAGAUUACUUACAUUAUGUUCCAAAGUACAACAGAUACGAAAAGAGACACAAGAACGUCCCAGUUCACGUUUCUCCAGCUUUCCGUGUUGAAGUUGGUGACAUCGUCACUGUCGGUCAAUGUAGACCAAUCUCCAAGACUGUUAGAUUCAACGUCGUAAAAGUUUCUUCUGCUGCUAAGUCUAACAAGCAAUUCUCCAAAUUCUAA